AGUGCUGCGACUGCUAAAGACAAACCGAUGACACUCGGCUCUUCAGCAGAAAUCCUGAAUUCAGACUUUUUACAACAUGAAUUUCACCACAACUGUGAUGAUGAUCCUUGUUUUCUUCCUGCUGUGUUCAGGAAUUUUUCAGUUUACAUUUGCAUCAAACCUACGGAUUUUCAAUCAUCCGUCGGAGGACAAAAACUGGAAUGAAGCACGACGUGAAUGUAAUGAGAAAAAUGGAUCAUUAGUAACUCUGUAUGAUGAUGAGGAUGCCACGUUUAUGCGGAAGUAUGUGACAAAGAGUUCAAGUGGGUUCGUCUCUUCAGUCUGGCUUGGUCUGACUAAGACCCGAACAAAUGUUACUACUUGGUCAAAUGGUGCUCCGUUCAUAUUCAGUCGCUCCAGUGUCAACUUGCCUGAUAGAGAACAAAUAUGUGAAGCCAUGGACAAGAACACAUGGAAAGGUUUCACCUGUUCAGGCAAACAUUACUUCAUGUGCUACAAAGAUAAUCAAUACGUCCUGAUUGAGAAGAAAAAGGACUGGUGCCAGGCAGAGCUGUACUGCAGACAGCAUUACAGUAAUUUAGUCAGCAUCAGUGAUGAGGAACAAAACCAAAAAGUGAUUAAAGAAGGAAAGAACAAAACCUUCUGGAUUGGACUCCUGCAUGAUGAAUGGGAAUGGGUCGACAAAACCUGCUCGACUUACAGAACCUGGUCUGAUUUAUCUGAUGGUGCAGGCACAGAGAUAUAUACAAUUCAGGCACUAACCUCCUCAGAAUCGAUGCAACCAUUUGGAUUAGACAGUUAUGCAAGUGUACUUUGCUCCACAGGCGAUACGAGAAUCAGAGUUAUCAACCGAACAGCAACUUGGGAAGAAGCUCUUGACUAUUGUGAGGAAAACUACAUAAGCCUGUUGUGGAUAAAGGAUGUCAAUGACCAGGAAGCCGUCAAACAAUGGCUAGAGGUCAGUGGCUACACUGGUACAUUCUGGAUCGGUCUGAGGCAGAGUAUCAUGUUUGGAUUCUGGAUUUGGAAGGACAGUCCAGUGCUUGAGAGCAACUGGAAGGACGACAAAGCACCUGAGAUGCCAUUUUCCAACCAAUGUGGGGUCAUCAACGCGACAGACAACAAGUGGAGUGACGAAAACUGCUUUAACAAGCACCCUUUUAUUUGUGCAGAGAAGAUUUUAAAAUAUUAGAACAGUUCACAGUCACAAUGCUUUGCUGAUAGAUUCUAUUCUGUAGAAUGAAGAUGAAAGUCAGCGACAAAACCUUUAAGAUUCUCCUUUACUGGUCAGAUUGAUUCUUCAUAGUUUUUUGUCUUUAGUUUAGUUAGUAGAAAACAAACUGACAUCUAUCAAGUUGUGUUUUUUUUUUCGUUAUUGCAUGCUGUAAUUUUGGUAAAAAUGUUGGUUUGCAGUUGAAAAAUAGAUCAUCAUUUGUAAGUAAUUAUACAUUUUAUUGUACAACAGUGAAAAUGUAAUAAUGUGGUGGACAUGAAUUCAUUUAUGUUUGCUGAAACAUUUUUGUGAUGACUGUGAUGUUUAUUUCCCACUAUCAAAUCAAUAAAGCUUUGUGUUAUAUUACAAAUGUCAGACAAAAUC